AUGGCGGUCCCAAUCCUUGUAAGUUGUUCCAAGUUAACUCCUCCGACCAGGAGUAACAAGAGCAAGAUAUUAAAGGACGGGAACCUAAUAGCAGACCCAAUCCUCAAACCCCUGAAGCCAAGACGCAAAAUAUCAAAUCCCAGCUUAUGGCGGUCCUCCCCCAAAUCCCUAAUCGAGGCUCGCCGAAUUGAGUCCCACAUCGUAUCAACCUCAAACCUCUCACCCCCAAUUUUCCUCCUCAACCGGGUAAUCGAGACUUACUCGAAUCUCGGCAGUCUUAAAGACGCUCAAGAACUGUUCGAUGAAAUGCCAGAUAGAAACACGGGUUCGUAUAACGCCAUUAUCACGGGCUAUGCACGUGAGGGGAAGAAUCCGGAGCGUGCCCUUUAUUUUUUUUCGAGAAUGAACUCUUUGGGUUUUGGAUACACAGGUGUCACUUUCGCGUCGGUUUUGAGGGCUUGUAGCGAUGUUUUGGAUUUGGGUCUCGCUAGACAAGUGCAUGGGAUGAUCGAGAAGUUAGGGUUUUGUGGUAAUUUUAUUCUUGAAACGGCGUUGGUUGAUGUUUAUGGGAAAUGUGCGGUAAUUGGGGAUGCGAGGAGAAUGUUUGAUUUGAUUUCAGAGCCUAAUGAGGUUACAUGGAAUGUUAUUGUUAGACGAUAUCUUGAGAUGGAAAAAAUGGAGGAAGCUAUUUGUAUGUUUUUUAGAAUGGUGAGUGAAGGUUUUACUCCGAUUAACCAUACAGUGAUGAGUGCACUCAAGGCUUGUUCGAGUGUUAUUGCCCUUGAUGAAGGGCGUCGAGUACAUGGGGUUGUUGUUAAAAUUGGUUAUAAAGAGGAUAACAUUGUUGAGAAUUGUCUUAUGGAGAUGUACUUGAAAUGUGGUGUUGUAGAAGAUGCUUUUAAGGUUUUUGAGGAUUGUGGUUCGAAAUGUAUUUUCUCAUGGACCAUGAUGAUCAAUGGCCAUGCUUCUUGUGGAGACAUGGACAUGGCUUCUAUGCUUUUCAAUGAGAUGCCAGAGAAAAAUGUGGUUUCUUGGAAUACUAUGUUGACAGGUUUCGUUAAGUUGUCUCGAUGGGAAAAGGGAUUGGAUUUCUUCUAUCGGAUGCGAAGGGAAACAAAAGAAAUGGAUGAAAUUACUCUUGGUUUGGUACUGACUAUUUCUUCAGGGCUAUUAGAUCUCGGUCUAGGGAAACAAGUUCAUGGAUUUGCUUAUAGGCAUAGCCUCAUUUCAAAUAUGUUCUUCUGCAAUUCCUUGCUUGAUAUGUAUACAAAAUGUGGGAAUUUGAGAAGUUCUGAGCUUUGGUUUGUCCAAAUGGACAAUCUUAGAGAUAGGGUCUCUUGGAAUUCUUUGCUAUCGGGUUAUGCUCGUAAUGGCAGGAGCGAAGAGGCCUUGAAUACUUUUCGUUUGAUGCUAUGGGAGACAAACCCCAAUGAGAAAACUCUUAGUGCAGUAUUGGUGGCUUGUGCAAAUGUCUUUGCUCUUGAAUUUGGGAAGCAAAUACAUGCAUACAUGUUUAGAAAUGGUUUUGAGGAUGUUGUGACUCGAGGAGUAUUGGUUGACAUGUACUCUAAAUGCAAUUUGAUAGACUAUGCAAUCAAAGUAUUUGAUUGCGAUAGCUCAAGGGACACUGUGCUGUGGAAUUCAAUGAUUUUAGGGUGUGCUUACAAUGGACGAGGUGAGCAUGGUCUCAAACUCUUCGAGACAAUGAAGGAGGAUGGAAUUAAACCUGAUAAUAUCACUUUCACUGGUGUUUUACUUUCUUGUAUCAGUGAAGGGUAUGUUAACCUGGGUCAGAGUUAUUUUGCUUCAAUGGUUUCAGAAUUUGGGAUUAUUCCUCGAAUUGAGCAUUAUGCGUGUAUGACCAAAACCAUACGCUUCCAUAGUUUUCGUUUUUCUGAAUUGCUUUUACUUCAUAGAUAG